AUGUCGCCUGCUCUUCAGCCGUUCGUCGAAAGCGAGGACGUUGAGAAUGGGGAUGUGCAGACCCCGCACACGGCAGCUGCAGGGCGUCGGCCAAGUGGCACGGUGGCAGUGGCAGCGGGUGGGGUUCUCCUGCUCACGCUCGCCCUCUGCGCGUGCCUGUGGAUGGGAGAACCUGCAGGGCAUCUCGGACAUCCCUACACCCACCAUGGCCACGAUUUUGAUGCCAUCAACUUCGAGGGCAUCACCGAGGACAAGCUUGUGGAAUUCUUAAACCUGGGUCCGGGUUCGGUGUGCCGCGGUGACAAGGUGGACUCCCACCUGGGACCCACUGGGAAGGAGGGUACGGUGCUGUCUGACAAGAACCCGGAGAAGGAUGGGGUAAGCCCUGAAAAGUGCCGCGCUCUGUGUGCCGGAUCGAAGGAGUGCAAGGGCUACGAGCUUGGCCCAGUAGAGGAGAAACUUAUUAGCUGA